UGCAGGCCCUGGCUGAACAGGUGCCCUCUGCAGCGCCAACGGGAGGCGGGAGGCGCGGCGUUCGCCUCCCCUGCUUGGGGCCUGGCACGCGCCGGGCGUUGCUCUUUGUUGGCUUGUGCGUUUAACAGCUUUUGCAGAGCCGCCUCCAUGUGGUUUUGGAGUCGAGGAAGACCUGGGUGGGAACCCGGCUCUGCCGCUUCCUAGCCGCGUGAUGAGAACAUAUGCUGUCGGCGACUCACUUUCUUCUCUAAAAAUUGGGAAUAGUAACAUGCAUCUCCCGAGCUUUGGACUAACGUUAUGUCUGGGGAGCCCCUGGCACAGUGCUUGGUUGGAGGGGGACUCUGUGCUCAGUAAUUGGUGGCAGCUCUGUUACUGUACCGGCGCUGGGAACACAAGGAGAAAGACAAUAUGGGAUCGUCGGAGGCAGAGGUGUUUCCAGUGAUCGGCUUAGGACCCCUUUCCAGGUGGUGAGGACCAGAGUGAUGGCUGUUUUAGUACUUCAGGUGGAAUUCGUCCUUUUCAUCUUCAAAACUGGAAGCAGAAAGUUAAUCAGACUAAGAAAGCAGAAUUCGUACGCACAGCAGAAAAAUUUAAAAAUCAAGUAAUUAACAUGGAAAAAGAUAAACACAGUCAUUUCUACAACCAAAAAAGUGACUUCAGAAUUGAGCAUAGUAUGCUAGAAGAAUUGGAAAAUAAAUUGAUUCACAGCAGGAAAACAGAAAGAGCAAAAAUCCAGCAACAAUUGGCCAAAAUACAUAAUAAUGUAAAGAAACUUCAGCAUCAAUUAAAAGAUGUGAAGCCUACACCUGAUUUUGUUGAGAAGCUCAGAGAAAUGAUGGAAGAAAUUGAAAAUGCAAUUAACACUUUUAAAGAAGAGCAGAGGUUGAUAUAUGAAGAGCUAAUUAAAGAAGAGAAGACAACUAAUAAUGAGUUGAGUGCCAUAUCAAGAAAAAUUGACACAUGGGCUUUGGGUAAUUCAGAAACAGAGAAAGCUUUCAGAGCAAUCUCAAGCAAAGUUCCUGUAGACAAAGUAACACCAAGUACUCUUCCAGAAGAGGUACUAGAUUUUGAAAAAUUCCUCCAGCAAACAGGAGGGCGACAAGGUGGCUGGGAUGAUUAUGAUCACCAGAACUUUGUAAAGGUGAGAAACAAACAUAAAGGGAAGCCAACAUUUAUGGAAGAAGUUUUAGAACACCUUCCUGGAAAAACACAAGAUGAAGUUCAACAGCAUGAAAAAUGGUAUCAAAAGUUUCUGGCUCUAGAAGAAAGAAAAAAAGAGUCAAUUCAGAGUUGGAAAACUAAAAAGCAGCAAAAAAAGGAGGAAAUUUUCAAGUUAAAGGAAAAGGCAGACAACACACCUAUGCUUUUUCAUAAUAAACAAGAGGAUAAUCAAAAGCAAAAAGAGGAACAAAGAAAGAAACAGAAAUUGGCAGUUGAAGCUUGGAAGAAACAGAAAAGUAUAGAAAUGUCAAUGAAAUGUGCUUCCCAGCUAAAAGAAGAAGAAGAGAAAGAGAAAAAACAUCAGAAAGAACGCCAGCGCCAGUUUAAGUUAAAAUUACUACUAGAAAGUUAUACCCAGCAGAAGAAAGAACAGGAAGAACUUUUGAGGCUUGAAAAGGAGAUAAGGGAAAAGGCAGAAAAGGCAGAAAAAAGGAAAAAUGCUGCUGAUGAAAUUUCCAGAUUUCAAGAAAGAGAUUUACAGAAACUUGAAUUGAAAAUUCGAGAUAGACAGGCAAAGGAAGAUGAAAAAGCACAAAAACAAAGAAGACUGGCAAAAUUAAAAGAAAAGUACUCAGAGCUAAAGAUGUUGGUGACCCUCAUGGAUAAAAUGGAAGACUUAUUGGUUGAAAACAAUGUUAGUAGAGAUCCCUCUAGGCUUUACAAACCCACCAAAGGUUGGGAAGAACGAACCAAAAAGAUAGGACCAACAGGCUCUGGGCCACUUCUACAUAUCCCACAUAGGGCUAUUCCAACCUGGAGACAAGGAAUACAGAGAAGAGUAUGAGAUAAUGAAAUUGAUAAGAAUGUUAACAUACUAAGUUAUACCAGGGAGAGAGUGACUAACCAUGUUCUUUAAAUAUCAAUAGCUUAGUCAGAUUGAUUAUUGUGCUAUAUUGUGAAUUGAGAGGUAUUAAGUUCCAUGAGGCUUUGUCAUUAGUAUUCCUGCUUCUACCAAGAAGGUAUUUAAUAUAUGUGUUGGCCUAUUAUUGAUGUAAAAGUUAUUUAAAUAAGUUAAUGUUAGAAACAUUAUUCAAUUUAAAUACUGAAGAUAUUUCCAAGAGAUUUUGUUUUUGUCAUAGCAUAGCAAAAUAAAUUGGAACAAUCAUACAAUGACAUUUUUUAAACCAAAAUUUUGUAACUUUUAUAACUUGGAGUUAAGUUAGCUUGACUAACAAAAAGGUAAAGUGGUUUUUGUUUAGAGUUAUGAAAUGUUAGUACUUUUUCUAUGUUUAACAAAUUGGCAGUUUGUCAGUUAUGACAUUUUUGUGUAAUAAAUAUUUUGGAUUUGUUUGAAGCAUGCUUUGUUUUAUAUAGAGAAUAUUUAUUUUAAAAAUAUGUCUCUCAUAUACCCUAUUAAUUGUAUUAUUGAUAUAAUCUUUUUGGUUUCCUUCAAUUCCAAAUUUUCCUUCAGCCUUUCUGGAUUUCACAGAUUUAUAAAAUAUUUGUGUCUUUCACA